AUGAGUUCAACAACCCUCGAUAAAGAAGAAGAUGAUGAUGAGGUUAGAGAAGAAGAUUUGCCAAAGAUGAAAUAUCUAAGGGCAGUGAUAUUGGAAGGUCUGAGGCUACACCCACCUAGCCAUUAUGUGUUGCCACAUACCGUUGUGGAAGAUAUUGUGUUGAAUGGUGAGUAUCUCAUCCCCAAGAAUGCUAUGGUGAAUUUUAUGGUGGCAACGAUGGGACGAGAUCCAAAAGCUUGGAAAGAUUCAAUGGAGUUCAAGCCGGAGAGGCACUUGGGUGAUGAAGGAGAAGUAAUCGAUAUCACUGGGAGCAAGGAGAUUAAGAUGAUGCCCUUUAGCGCUGGAAGGAGGAUUUGUCCAGGACUUGGGUUAGGCUUAUUCCAUCUGGAGUUUUUUGGGGCAAAUAUGAUUAGAAAUUACAAAUGGGUCCCUUUGGAAGGAGAUGAACUUGACAUAUCUGAAAAGCAGGAGUGGACGGCCGUGAUGAAAACCCCGUUGCGGGCUCAUGUGUUUCCGAGGAGGACCAUAAAUUAG